AUGGCUGCAGAAAAGUUAUCAAUGGCUUCGUCAUCGCCUUGUAGCAAAACCAAAAAAAUCGAGCUAUACACGCCACAGUUUUAUGCCAGUUGCGCCAUCGGUGGCAUGCUUAGUUGUGGGCUGACGCAUCUACUUGUGACACCUCUUGAUUUAGUCAAUCCCAAGAUAUACUCCUCCGUUCUUGAUGGAUGGACGCAAAUUUACCGCUCCAGAGGCUUUCCUGCCCUUUUUGAGGGCUGGGGUCCUACUGCAAUUGGCUAUUCCUUCCAAGGGGCCUGCAAAUUUGGAUUUUACGAGUUUUUUAAGAAAGAAUUCACCGAUGCCGUCGGCGAAGAUGUCGCAUUUAAAUACAGAACCGGUCUCUACUUGGCGGCAUCUGCAUCAGCUGAAGUCAUUGCCGACGUUGCUCUGUGCCCAUGGGAGGCAAUAAAGGUCCGUAUGCAAACAAGCGCCACACCAUAUGCAUCCGGUGUACGUUCUGCUGGAGCGAAGCUCCUAGCAAGCGAGGGUAUUUCCAGCCUUUACAAAGGGCUUGCGCCACUUUGGAUGCGGCAAGUGCCCUAUACGAUGAUGAAGUUUGCAUGUUUCGAGACAACGGUGGAGGCGAUUUAUCGAUACGUUCUCUCUGCCAAGCCAAAGCAUGAAUACAACAAGCUACAACAGCUUGGUGCUACUUUUGCGGCCGGAUAUUGGGCCGGAAUAUUUUGUGCCGUCGUUUCGCAUCCCGCUGAUACCGUUGUCUCUAAGCUCAACCAAUCGAACUCUGGUGGAGCUGCAAAGGUUCUUCAGGACCUCGGCUUCCGUGGAGUUUGGCGUGGACUGGGACCAAGAAUUGUUAUGGUUGGAACGCUUACCGCGUUGCAAUGGUUUAUUUAUGACACCUUUAAAGUGUACAUUGGGCUGCCUACGAGUGGGGCUGCGCCCGCAGCUCCUGCUAGCUUGAAAAGGGAAUGA